UGUUAUGCCUUACAGUAUUUGGCAAGAAUUCAAGUUUUCUAGCGUUAAUAUAUUACAAUAUUUAAGUGAAACUAGACACAUUCUUAAUAGUGCUUCAUUUAUAUCUUUUUAGAAAAAGCAUUUCUUAUGGACAUUUUUAACAGCAGCUGCUGUAUAGUCCUUGUGGCUUAGCGCUUCUUUUUGAUUAUAAUAAUAAUAAUUUAACAGCAGCUUCAUUGAAAAUGUGUAUGAGGUGUAAACAAAGACUUCAGACAUCACUGGGCUCAGGGACCAAGGUGAAAACGUAUGGAUGGAAGCUGACAGAAGACAAUUUAAAAAUUUGAAAUAAUCUGUGGCAAGAAUUGCAGAAUCUAGAAACUAAAUGGAAAGAUUACUUAAACUUGUGAAGUGGAGCAAUGUUAUUUCAAUAGAAAUUUGCUGGAACAUGUUGUAUGAAGUUCCUUGAAUACAGUACAUAACAUCAGCUUAAUCUUUUAGAGCACUUUUUUAUAUACAAGGUACUUCUGCAAACAUUCACUAUGUUAAUAAAACAUAAAUGGAAAAUUAGUCAGUUGAAACUAAUUGAUAUACAGUGUACAUAAAUGUUAAAUGGGUAUGAAUUGACCACUAAGGUACUAACAAAGUGAUAAUAUUUUAGAUUUAAAAGUUAAGGUAUAAUUUUGAUUUUAGCAUUAAAUUUAGUGAAAAAUUACUGUCAUCCUAUAUGUAUAAGUAGUCAUAAAGUACCAACCAGAGUUUGAGUGAUAAAACAAAUAUUUUGACUGGAAUUUACCAGUGAAAAAAAAAAUUCAGAAUUGAAUGACAAAAAUGUUUAAAUAUAUUGAAUCAUAGGAUUUUAUUGGGUAGAACUAUUUAUAUAUAAAUAAUUAUUAGAUACAAGUUUUAAAGAAAUAUUACAAUGGAAGCUUUACCUGAAGAUUCAUGUGCUAUUACACCAGGACUGGAAGACAGGGAGUAUUCCGAGGGUGAAAAUGUAUUUGAACAGCAUUGUGACCCUAAUGCUCUUCUAUUGAAUGACACUACAGACAAAUCAUUUCACUGCACUUUAUGUGGGAAAGGGUUUUCCCAAAAAGGAUCCUUAAAAAGGCAUACACAGACUCAUUCAGGUGAAAAACCAUUUGGUUGCCCUGUGUGUGGAAAGGUGUUUUCAAGAGAGAGUAACUGUAAGGAACACAUUCUUAUUCAUACUGGAGAGAAACCAUUUCAGUGCACACUAUGUUGCAAAGGAUUUACCCAGAAAGGUACUCUUGUAAAGCAUCUCUAUACUCACACUGGAGGUAAACCAUAUGAAUGUUCAGAAUGUGGGAAGACAUUUGCACGUAUUGGUGAACAGAAAAUCCACAUGGUGACUCAUACAGGAGAGAAAGCACAUGAAUGUGCUUUGUGUGGAAUGGCAUUUGGGCAGAAAGGUUCACUUACUAGGCAUAUGCAGUCUCAUUCUGGAGAGAAGCCUUUUAAAUGUGAUUUAUGUGGAAAGUUUUUUGCCCGUAAUAGCAACUUAAAAGUGCAUUUGCUUAAUCACAAGGGAGAAAAAUCAUUUGUGUGCUCGAUAUGCGGAAAAAGUUUUGCACAGAAAAGUACUCUUAAGAAGCAUAACUACACACACAUCACAGAGAGAUCAGUUGAAUGUCCUAUCUGUGGCAAGGCAUUUGUGCAUCAAGGUCAGAUUAAGCUACAUAUGCUUAGUCACACAAAAGAAAAAUUAUAUGACUGCUUAUUAUGUGGGAAGAGUUUUGCACAGAAAGGUUCUCUUGAAAAACACAUUUUUAUUCAUACUGGCCAGAAACCAUUUGAGUGUAAAGAGUGUGGGAAAGUUUUUACUCAGAAGGGCCACUUGACUACACAUAUGUUAACUCACACUGGAGAAAAGCAGUUUGAAUGUUCUGAGUGUGGAAAACCAUUUGCUCGGAACAGUGAUCUGAAAGCUCACAAAGUAAUACACAGUGGAGAAAAACCAUACGAGUGCCCAAUAUGUGGGAAAUGCUACUCUCACAAAAGUAAUGUUAGUAAACAUAUACGAACUCACACGGGUGAAAAACCAUUCGAGUGUUCAAAAUGUGAUAAAAGGUUUGUCCAGAAAAAUUCCCUCAGGAAGCAUAUGCAGUCCCAUACAGAUGAAAAGUAAUGCUUUAUAUCAGUUUCAUUAAUGCAAAUUUUCUGGCAUAAUGAGAUUUUACUAAAACUGUAAAAUAUCUGUACUACAAUAAUGUGCAGCAUUGAAAAAAAAUAGUAUUUUCAAAGGUAUGUUAAAUGAUAUUUAAGUUUUUUUAAAUUGAUUCAUAUGUUAACAAGUAAAUUUUUAUGAAAAAAGUUAAGCCAAGUGGGAGUUGAUAGCAUUUAACCCUUUGACUGUCGCAACCCCCAAUCCUGAGGUGUCUCCUGGUGUCGCAAAAUUUAAAAAAAAAAAUUAUUUUUUUUUAUGAAAUGAUAGAGAAUCUUUUCCCGAUUGUAAUGACACCAAAAAAAACGAAAUUUGAUGGAAAACUGACGGAAUUAUGCUCUCGCGAAGUUAGCGACCUCGGCGCUGUUUACAAAUCGGCGAUUUUGCCCACUUUGAGCCCUAUUUUCGGCUAAUUCCAUUGUUCCAGUCACCCAAACUCAUAGCUCUUUCUUUAGAACUCCAUUUUUUUCUAUCGAUUGAGUACAAGAAACUGCCCAUUUACCGAUUUCAACUACCUAAUAAUGUGGUCAGAAAUUUGCAAUUUGGCCAAUUUCACGAAAAUUAAAAAUAUGACAAUUUCAAAAUAAGGUCCAGAAUGAACAAUGCAGACAUUCCUGGCUCUAAAAUAACAUUUUCUUUGCUCAUCAGUCAUGUCUCCAGGCCCCUCUGAUAUUACUCUUGCUUUCUAUUUUGAAUUUUUAUUCAAACAAAAAAUAGAAGACUUACUAUUAUGCAGACUACUGCAAUACUGUAAUAAUUGUAUAAAUAACAUCAACCCAUUCAUGACUGCAUAUUAGAAUGGCUAGUUGGACAUUUAUUGGACAAUGGCAUCAUUUGUUUACUUUUGAACAUUGACAAAAAUCAAACAUUUCCCCUACUUUGAGCUCCAUUUCUAGGUUCUUUUUAUAGUAAAAUCAAUCAAAAUCACCUCUAUUUCUGUAAUAUGUUUUCCAUUCUAUCAAAUGAGACCAAGAAAACGAGAAUACCACCAUAAAUACUAUAUGAAAAUAGACCACAAAGUCGGCAUUUUAAUUAAAAAAAACGGUCAGGUUUUUUUUUUCUCAUUAUGCACUGCAUGCUCCAGAAUUUUUUUUUAUAUGGUGCACACUGACCACACAGACCCAUUCUCUCACAUGUGGGCCUACCAGCUUUCUCCUGCUUGAUUUGAAGCCACUAGAAUUUAUGAGUAUACAUACGUCAAACAAGGUACCUCGUAAGACGUAUAUAUACAGCCGCGGCAGUCAAAGGGUUAAGGAAUACAAUUUUUUUUUUUGGGGGGGGGGAACAUUUCUACUAAAAAGUGCAAUAAUUGUGGAGUGGCAAAUAUUUAUACAUAUAUAGAAAGAAUAAACAAUAUAACGAUUAGAAUACUAAUUUAUCUCAGAUUACAAGCACAUCUAGAGGAAACUUUAAAGAUGAUAAAGUAUAAUUAUUAUUAGACCUGUCUUGUUAAAGGCCAAGGUGAACUUGCUCAGUUAUUCUUUAUAGCAAGUUUGCAGUCAUGAGACUCGGGCAGUUGUGUCCACCGUUUUGCCUGUCAAAUACAGUAAGUCUUCGACUUACAAACACGCUGAGAAUCUUCUGUAUUAUGUAUAUCAUUAUUAUACACAAUACAGAAAGUCCCCCAACAUGUUUGUAAGUUGACGACUUUCUGCAUUAUGAAUAUACACAAUUCAAGAGGUCCCCACUGUGUUUGUAAGUCGAGGACUUACUGCACAUGGUUUUCAUUCAACCAUUGGGUGUGAUGGAGCUAUAAUAAAAAACUUAAAAGGUGUUAUGCCAUACACGUGUCAUUAGCGUUUAUACAAAUGUAAUAUGUCAUUAUUAUUUAGUAUAGCAGUAACUAAUCCUACAUAUAUGAAGCUACAGUCAGUUCAUUUGUGUCUUGACACUCUUUCUCAUCAAGGAUAUACUGUAUACACUGAUAGUUUACUUUAAUCCAUAUUUUAGGGAGUAAGUAUGCUUGAAUGUGAACAGGUUAUAUGCAGCCAUAAUGACCAUCGUGUGGUCGAUAAACUUAAAAUGAAUCAGAUGCACAGUAAGUAGCAGCUCUGGUGGCACAAAAUAAGUGUUUUGUUACAUGUUAUAUAAUGUGAUGGCCCAUUAUCCUCAACAAAGUAAUUACUGUGGCUUAGUCAGAUGUGGGACUGUAACUGCAGAAUAAAGCAGUGAUUGUGUGUUGUACUGUCAGCUUGGUGGUUCCCUAUUUUCACGCUCCAAAAUUUAUUGGCAUUAUGGUAUGUUAUAAUUAGUUAAGUGUUAUUGAUGGAUGACAAUCGGAUGUAACCUAAAAAGCAUAGCUACAGAAAUUUGCUAAAAACAGUAGGUAAGAAAUCAACUUAGGAUUUUGGACAGGUUAAUUGUUCACACAUUUCAAAUAAAAUUUAAUGAAUCAGUGCUUCAGAAUUCUUGUACAGUAUAAACAUUAAAUCUAUAGAUAUUAGUAUUAGUUCAAAUAAACAAUGUUGCAACUCGUGAGAGGCAUACAGCAAUGCUUCCCGUGUGACAUCAUGUACAAACACUACAGUAUUGUUUCAUACAUGGCAUCCAGUUAGUUUGUUUCUUAGCAAAUAGCAAUAGAACUGGUCAAUUUUUAUUAUUUUAGCCUGGAUGUAUCUAAUGAAAUGUUUUGAAAUUUAUAAUUUGUUGGCUGCUUCCAUAGCAAUCAUUGGUUUUCUGAAUAUCUUUGUGUAAAAUUUUGUUUUAACUGACCCAGAAUAAAUGCCCAUGAAUGCAUGUAGUGCAGUACAUGACCUUUAAAAUAAGGUAAUUUUUAUUCUAGAAAUGGAGAUAUAGUUCAGUGUAAAAUGUUAGUCACUUGCAGUAAAACAUAUUUCUACUAGAUGUAAGCUCUUUGCCUUUAGCCUUAUUACCAGUAAUUACAACUAGUUAUGCAGUACUUAAAAAGCAUUCUGUUCUUGUGAUAGCAAAUUUUCAGGAGGAGGAUGCAACAGACAUGUGUAGUAGUAGUAGUAGUAGCAGCAGCAGCAGCAGCACACAGCAAGAGGCAUUCUUGAGCUUCCCCAGUGCUAAGGCUUAAUUCCAAAAGUUGGGAUGUGACUCCAAAAGGAUCCUGUAGUACUUGCUGCCUUUGCACCUCCUGACAUUGUCUGCUGUUAUGCAGUUGCCACACCCUUCGAGCCCAGUGUGGGCGGGAUUUGUGGCAGCCCAAGAUGCCUAGCUUCUUCCUCCAAGCCCUGUGGGGCAGGGGACUGGGGCUAGGCUUAGGGAUAGCUGUCCCAGAAGACAAGGAGGUACUUGUACCUCCUCCCAUGGCAGAUAUUGGUCUGAGGCACUCCCUUGACAGAGAGCCAAGGCCAGACCCCCUCUUGGAAAAGGCUCGGGCCAGGCGAUUAUGCCGCGAAUCUACAACAGAACGGCAAAUUUUAAAUUUUUCAUUUUACUUGCAAUCAUAGAAUGCUAGUGAAACUAAAUUGUUUGUAUUCACAGUUUUUUUAAAUUACAAUUGGUCAAGUGGUUGUAAAUGGCAUGGUGAUUCUGACAAGCUGUGAAUUAGGGUAUAAUGUCUUGAACUGUACAUGACUGUCUUAUCCACUGUAGUUGGUGUCUUUAUCCACUGCAAUUGGUCACUUAACUGUACUGCAUAUGAUAUGUUUUUCAGGAAGGCAUGUAACCCAUAAACUUAUAAUUAAAACCAAAGAUGAUUACAUCUUUGGUCAUCUCAUAGGAUGGCCACCUGUGCCAUUCUGCAAGGGUUUCUGGGUUGUAAUUUAAUAAGAUCCCAGAAUUGCCUUCAAUACGUACUGUUUAAAGUUUUUUUUCUCUAAGUGUAGGGUUAUUUGUGAAUUAUUCCAGCCAUUGUAUUAUGAUCUUUACUCUUCAGAUGUUGAUAGAUUACUCUGUUUAUCAGAGCUUACAGAUUUGAAUGCUCUUAUUUAUCUGAGAACUUUGAAAGUCUUUAAUGCUCUGAGAAUUUCUUUUUUAAAUGACACCUAAUUUUCUUUACCACCAUUUUGUUCCUUUUAAUGUUGGCAAUCAUUUGCCAUGCUACACUGAAUAACCCACAGUGAUUUAGUUAGCUCUUUCUGUGAAUAUAAUAAUGGGGUAAAAAAUGAUAAAAUAUCCACAACUGAUAUAUUGCACCAAUCUUUUAUUCCUAAUUUUGCAUAUCUACUUGCCCUGAGUAAUCUACAGCUUUUUCCUCUUGCUGUGAGUUUCUCUUUGUACUAUGCAGCACUGAAUGCCCACCAUUGUUUUUUUUCACAUUUUAUAAAUACUGAAUAACUGUGUACUUCAUUUUACCAUUGGAUUGCAUUGAAUAUAUAUUACAUUGAAAUAUUUGCAUCUAACUAACUUGUACCUUCAGGGAAUUUGCUAGAUGUUCAUACCAAACAUAGGGUGCAACCAAGAACUUGUUCUUUCAUACUGAAUAGUUUUCCUCAUUGUAUUUUAUCUUUAAUACAAUGUAAUUUUUAAGGCAGCUUAUGUGAUGUACUUUUUUUUUUUUUUUUUUUUUUUUUUUUUUUUUUACAAGUUGGCUGUCUCCCACCGAGGCAGGGUGACCCAAAAAGAAUGGAAAUCCCCAAAAAGAAAAUACUUUCAUCAUCAUUCAACACUUUCACCUCACUCACACAUAAUCACUGUUUUUGCAGAGGUGCUCAGAACACAACAGCUUAGAAGCAUAUACGUACUGUAUAAAGAUACACAACAUAUCCCUCCAAACUGCUAAUAUCCCAAACCCCUCCUUCAGAGUGCAGGCAAUGUACUUCCCAUUUCCUGGACUGCAUUAUAAUUUUUACCAUUUUUAAUUUGUUUGUUAUUAUUUGUUAACAUUGCUUCAUUAUUUUAUACACAAUACUGUAUUUAAUAUACAAGCUUGCUGAGUUUCAGUGCCAACAAGGUAUCAAAUUGCUGAUGUGUGAUAAAAAGAAGUAGCUGGACUACUGGAGUUUUGGGGCCCACAGUUAUAUAUUGUAAAAAUGACUGUUUUGGUUUGGGUAUACCCAAAAGCUGAGUCCUUUACUACUACAGUCUAUGAAGACUAAAUUAAAAUUACUGCAUGUUGAUUUCAGGCAAGGUAUAUGUUUGAUCAAGAUCCAGUAGUACUGUGAUCCAGGCUUACAAGAGUCACAGUCUCGAGAGUACCAAGGUUUAAAUUGCAAUUCCGAGCUAUGCUGGUCUGGGAUUAUAUUAGUGACUAGGUGCACUGUGGGUUUGGUAUAAAGAUCACUCUGGAAUGAUUCUUGAGAGUUUGAUGGUAUGAGUCAAUGAAAGCUGAAUGUAAGAAAGGUAUUACAUACUUUUCCUUUCAAAGUCUCAGUUUAUUAAAACAGUUUUCAUAAUCUAUUUCCCAGAGAAUGUAGACAGUGAGUUAGUUUACACACAUUGUGAAGCCAAGAGGACAAAUAGUUUAAACUACAAACUGCUGGUAUGUGUUGAUCAUAGCAUAUUACACUUUAUAUACUUUGUAUUAUAAGAAAAUUGUAGGUUCUUAAACAUCUUGUAGAUUAAAUACCUAACUUUUUGCACACACUACAGUAUAUUAAUGUAGUAGCUUGAAAUGUUUACAAUAAUGAUUUUUCAUUAUAAUACACCUGUAGCAUGAUAUAAUUUUCUUUGUAUUGUAUCUCUUAUUUUGCUUUAUUUUUAGUAGUGUAUGCAGGAUAUGUACUUUUAACAAUUUGCCACCAUUACUGGGUAACUUCAUAAAAUCAUCACUUGUUUCAUUACGAUCCAUUGACUCCCCUAAUCACAACAUGCUACCUAUUUCAAAUUACAGGCACCUUACUUCCAUCUACAAACUAAAUCUGGCUAACUGGUUUCUCUGUAUCCCUUCAUAAAUUAUAAUACUUAUUCUCCAACAGCAAGUCAGAUCUCAAAAUCUAUUGGCCUCCACACUGAUCAAAAUACAUGUAUGCUGGAUGCUUAACCUCAAAAUCUUUACACACUCUUUCCAGCACUUCCUCAGGAAUUCCCUACAUCUUUCAUCUACCUUUCCCUAAAGAGAGGUUCCUAGAUUCUGGUGAAGGACUCUUGAUCUAAGGAAUUGGCCUUGUGCUCCAAUUCCUUGAAUAGUCUGAAUGCCUUCCAUUUCCCAAGGCACUGUAUGACUCCCUAUGGGUUUAGCAUUCUUCCAUCUCAAGGGAGAUGAGGGGCUUGUGAUCCAAGGAAUUGGACUUGUCCUCCCCUUCCUUGCAUCAAACCUGAAUGCCUCCAUUUCCCAGGUGUUUAGAACCCCUACAUGUUUAGCACUUCCUCUUGAGUGUAAUCUUUAUCAACCUGGCUUGCUCCCCACUUUCUGUAUGAACAAACCAUCACCUUUUAUGCCAUAUAAUGUAUUUUGAUUUAUUUACUGCUUAAAAUUUAUGGUUCACUUUGAUCUCAGGCCUAAUGUUUCCACUUAAUUCAGCUGCAACAGUGAAAGACAAUACACCACAACUUUAAGAGUGCAGAUAACCAGUAGCAAAGUCGAGACAGGAGGUAAGUAAAGUUUCAGAAAAUAGUUUGGACUAAUAUAAAUGAGAUUAGUUGGAUUUGAGCAGAACUGCCUAGUGUGGGCCAGCAUGCCUGCUAUAUAUCUUCCUUGUAUUUAUUGUUCAUUCACAUGACAGUGGAUCCUAACUUUUAUGAUAAUAUUUUAGCUAAAAGUUUGGAAGUGCAACUUUGACUUCUGUUGGACAGAGGCCAAAGUUGCUGGAAGUUACUUUAAUUGCCACAGCUGAUGUAGUCCCACAAAGGUCUGGAAGCUUCACUGUUUACUAACUUUUAGUUAAAAGCUUACUAUUCAUGUUAGAAUCCACUGUCAUAUAAACACUGAACAUGGAGAAGCUGUACAGCAAAUCCAGCUUGUCUCAUUUAUAUCUGCCCAAUUUAUUUUCUACAACCUGAUGUAUCUCCUGCCUCAUCUCACCCUUGCUAUUGGUCCCCUGCAUUUCUCUAUGUUAUACUGCUUUAUUUACUCUGUAUUCGGACUGAUGAAGCCACUUGUGACAAAACGUUUCCUUUAAUAAAAGUUCUAAACUGUA